CUUUGUUGGAAUUAAAAGCUUAAUUCGAUUUCUGCUUCGUCUACUGUUGUGUGUGUCAACGUGCGGUUCCCUUUUUUUUUUAAUAAUUCUGAAGAAAAAAAAUUAAAACGAAAACUGGCAUAGAAUGAAAAUAUCAUUCUUUAUGUAUUUACCACCGACAACAUGAGAAAAAAGACAAGAUUUCUAUGGAUACGUGAUUUGCCUGCAAAAUGUAAAGAUGCAGAUUUGCGUAAUGUUCUUGAAAGGCAUGCUGGUGGUUCCAUACAAAAAAUUCGUCUAUUCAAACAAGAUCAUUUACGUCAUGCUAUAGUGACAUUUGUGGAUAUUAAAUCAGCUGCAGCAGUGAUUAAUACAGAGAAUAAAAUUAAUGAUUCAUUAUUAAAAAUGGAAUAUUGCAGUUCAUCGGAUGCAUUAACUACACCUACAACAAAUACAAACACUACUACUACAAUGGGAAUUAUCAAUCAUAAUAAUAAUAAUAAUAAAAGUAACAGCAACAAUACUACUAAUAACUCACAUCGUAAUACUACUAAUAAUACAGUAUUAACUAAUUCAUUGUCUACAUUUAAUCAUAAUAAUACAAACAAUGAUGGUAAUAAUAACAGCAAUAAUAACAAUAAUUCGGAUCGUAAAACAGAAAAGGAAUUAAUGAACACGAACAUGCUUCAUAAAGGAUCAAAUGAUUCGCUGCCUAAUAAUGAUCAAUUAGGCAGAGGUCCAUUAAUAUUUAAACGUACAACUAAUCAUAACAGUAAUAGUAAUAACAAUCAUAGUAAUAACAGUAAUAAUAAUAACCAUAAUACGUCAUCAAAUAUUAUCCAUAAUGUACAAUUAUUCAAUCAAGUAUUACGACCAGUUCAACAAAGUUCCACACUAUUAACAACAACAACAACAACUCACAUGUCAAAUUCAUAUCGUGGUUUAAAAAUUAGUGAUUUACCACCAUCAAGUAAAUUAUCCGAUAAUCAUUUAAGACAAAGUUUAUUUACGGAAUUUCGACGAUGUGGUCGUAUACAAUCAGUGGUAGUGUUAUCAUCAAUGAAUAAUAAUAAUAAUAAUGGUUCAACAAAUACAACUAGAUUAGCUAUUGUUACAUUUCGACGUGCUGAAGAAGCGGAAUGCGCUUAUCAAGCAAUUCAAAGUGGUGCUAAGCUAUUAUUUUCAACACCGGUUUCAGUGGAAUUACAUCCAGGUUCAAAUGCUUUGAAUUCUGGUUUCUACGUGUAUGGUCUUUAUGUUGUGCAUAUUUUUCCACCAUGUGAUUUUUCUCAUGCACAACUUGGUCUAGCUGCUCCUGAUCUACAUAGACGUGUAGUACAAGCCAAUCAAUCACAUUUAUUAGUUGUAAUUACAACAGUUUAA